GCUAGUUUAACAUUACGCACGCGGAAGCUGUUUAAGGGUGUAGAAGAUUUCUAGCGCUUCUCCCUCCCUCCCCUGAAAAGUAUUGAGACAGUUCGGGUGUCUUGCUGUUCGAAGAUGAUAAUACUUUUCUUAACGAUAAUAGCUAACGUUUUCAAGACCGGAUGGACUGGUGUGAACGAGCGCACGUUCAUUGCCGUGAAGCCAGACGGUGUUCAGCGCAGACUGGUGGGCGAGAUCAUCCGCCGCUUUGAACGCAAGGGCUUCAAACUGGUCGCCAUGAAGUUUCUGCAGGCAUCUGAGGAGCAGCUCAGACAGCACUACUGGGAUCUGAGGGAGAAACCUUUCUACAAUGGCUUGGUCAAAUACAUGAGCUCCGGACCCAUUGUUGCAAUGGUAUGGCAGGGGCUGGAUGUGGUGAAGACCUCCAGAAAGAUGCUUGGAGAGACAAACCCAGCAGACUCUCUCCCAGGGACUAUCAGAGGAGACUACUGCAUGGAAGUGGGCAGGAAUGUCAUCCAUGGCAGUGAUUCAGUUGAAAGUGCGCAGAGAGAGAUCUUGCUGUGGUUCCAGCAAAAUGAACUGUUCUGCUGGGAUGAGUGCAGUCAGCACUGGAUCUAUACUUGAAAGCCAUCUUGUUCACACACUUUUAAACUCAUUGUAACAUGCAGCUUUUGUGGCUGAAUGUAACUCUGGCAGUAUGAUUCAUGCUCCUGUAAACUCUGCUCGGCUACAAGAGACCAAAAAUAAUUCACAGUUUUAUAUAAAACUGUGAAUUAGGUAAUGGAUUCCAUGAAAUCUAGUUAUUGGUCAAGCUAUCUUGUAUGUUUUCUUUUGCUUUUUAUUUGGGGGUUGUAUGGGUUUAUUUGAAAAUAUAUUUAAUCCCUACAGAUAUUCAUGUACUCUAGUUUGGAUAGGUAAAUCAUGCACUUAUGGGAUCUUAAAUGCACUACUUUAAAGUUCUUCUUAUUUUACUUGUUUACACACACUUGAAAUACAUAGUUUAAAUUUUCAAACCUUUGAAUAGGGCAUGUUUCUGGUCAUUUUAAUGUACUAUGGGACAGAUACAUUUCUUUAUCAUAGCUCAAAAGAAAAGCAAUAAUAAAUUAAAAAGGGCCAGUGUGCUGUGAAAAACUGACUUGAAUAUCAUGUUUUGUCUUCCUCUGGAUGGAACUCGAACAAAUGGCACCUUAUAU